CCCGAUCCGGACAGAAAAUAUUUCGAUUUCGAAAUGUGGAGAUUUGAGAAGCCCCGGCCCAGUAUAAAAUAUAAAUCGAUUCAGAUGUUCGUCAAAUAUUUUCCAAACAGAAGUCGCUGAGAAAUUUGCUUUUGCCGUCCAGAAUAAUGCCACCAAAUAUUGUUUCCGAGGCAGGAUUGUCUACAAGAGUUAGCCAAUGGUGGGAUGGCAUUCCAUUCUUUACCUCUGCAGUUGUGAUUGUUUGUGGAACAAUUUACUUGAUCUGCUUGUUGACCGGAUAUGAGAAGUUUUAUCAAAUAUGCUUCUUGCCAUAUGAACUUAUAUCAGAGUUUCAAGUUUACAGGAUUUAUACCUCCAUUCUUUUUCAUGGUUCACUGAUGCAUGUUAUGUUCAACAUGUUGGCCUUUGUUCCUUUGGGUUCUGAAUUGGAGAGAAUCAUGGGCUCCAUCCGCAUGUUGUACGUGAUAAUCUUGUUGGCCACAAGCAAUGCCAUUUUUCAUCUUAUUAUAGCUUUGCUGGGAGCCCACAAUCCAAUUCAUCAAUUUCCGUAUCUGAUGGAUGAGUGUGCAAUAGGCUUCUCAGGAAUCAUAUUCUCUCUGAUUGUCAUAGAGACAAGUCUGAGUGGAGCCCAAUCUAGGAGUGUGUUUGGUCUCUUCAAUGUUCCUGCUAUAUGGUAUCCAUUGAUCUUAUUGGUACUCUUCCAGUUUGUUAUGCCAAAUGUAUCAUUACUUGGACACCUAUGUGGCAUUUUGUCUGGAUUUGCAUAUACCUAUGACUUAUUCAACUUCCUCAUUCCUGGAACAUCCUUUUACUCUUCCGUUGAGUCCUCCACUUGGCUUUCCACUUGCACAAGGCGGCCUAAAUUUAUCUUGUGCACUGGCGGAAAUUCUUCUGGCUACAUUCCUACAUAUGCUGGCCAAAAUACAAAUUCCAGUGGAUUAUUUUCUGGAACUAUCUGGAGAAACUUGUAUUCAUGGAUUCCACGGAGGGAAACAUCUUCACAGCAGACAGCACAAGACAGCAGGUUCCCUGGGAGGGGCAGGACUCUUGGUCACACCCAAGGUCUUGGUAAUCCAGGUUUAAAUCUACAAGCUAGGCUUUUGGAUAAUAGCAGCCCUGAUCACUCAUUAGAUGCGCCAUCAAUUGGUACAGGAGAACGGCUGUCCGAUGGAAGGCAAGUGGCAGUGGACGAUGCUGUUGCAGCCAGUCGUCAGAUGCCGGUUUCAGUCAUCUCUGAUGAGGAAAUCCAACAACUUGUUUCAAUGGGUUUUGAAAAGACACAGGUAGAAGUCGCUCUAGCAGCUGCUGAUGGAGAUCUUAAUGUAGCAGUGGAAAUCCUCAUGAGCCAGCAGGGAUAAUUCACAAAGCAGAAUCACCCAUUUGACGUUUCUAAUAUCAAAUCCCAGUUGCGAUCAAACUGGCUCCAAAUUUCAUGUGCACAUAAAGCAUCUACAUGAAAUCCGCUCUUGUGGGAGCUGUAUACAUAGCCAUUCUGACAUGAUCAAUCGAGGUAAGAACUCAAAUAUAUCCAGAAGUAAAUAGUUUCAAGAUAAAGUAACAAGAAUGGUUUGUAAAAACAUGUUUUGACCUCAGGAACCUUGUAGUUUUAUUUAAAGAAAGUGAAUGUUUUCUUUGUUUUGUAGAGUCCAGAAUUCGUUAAGUUUUCGUGUAAAAAGCAAGCAGGAACAAAAUAUUAAACUGGUUC